UCGGUCACUGAUUCCAGUUUAAAACUUAAUUCAAUUAUUGCCCGUUUCCACGAAAAACUGUCGCUACCGUCUUGUUUACCAUUUUUUGAUCAGAUUAAGUUUUUAAAACUUUCUACGGACCGUCACUGCAUAUACAUUUUCGAUUUGCAUGGUUGGUAUGGUUGCAUAUCUUGCAUAUGUUUUUGUUUUCAAAAGAGCUGGAUCAUUUCUUUGUGACUUUUGUGUAUUUUGACGGUGUAAUACUGACGAAUUGUCAUGCCAGUUAAAACGUUUCAUUUAUCAUUGCAUUUUGUCCAUUCGAAACUCAUCCUAAUCGCAAAGCAAUACUGAGUACACUUUCGUUAUCUUAUCAAAACAAUACCCCCGACAACAUUCAAUUAUUCGUUUCAACAAGAUUUAAAGGCUUAGUACAUUACAUCGAAUCAGUCAGUCUGCUUGAAUUAGUUCCUGGGCAACAUGGACACUUAUCUUCCAUGCGAUGUAUGUGAGGUCACGAGUUUGGAGAACGUGUCGGCUUGGGAUUCCAUUUGUGUGAUUGAAUCAGAACCACCGAUUCUGUCCGGUAUUUUUGCGGAGCAUCGAUCGUUCGAUAAAGCUUUCGAUUCAGAGGUCACUUGCUUCAAAGAUCCGAAACUGAAUUUACGGAUUGUGAAUGCUCCGGUCGGUGUAUUGGACGAUUUUGACGAUGUACGAGUGUAUGCCCGUGCUAGUGGCAAGGCCAUUGCUCGAGCUAUUAAAGCUGGUGGAAAGUCGGUAAUUUUAGUACUGCCCGAGGCAAAAAAUACAUCUGGAAGAUAUCAAUAUUCCGCUUUGCAAAGUCUGUUGGGAGCACUACAUGAACUGUAUGUGCCGAUUCAAUUGCGAGAGGAUGUUCCUGCGCAAAAACAACGAAUCGAGAAAAUGGGUGUCUAUCAUAGUGAUGCAAAGUAUCUGAAGGAGAUUGUUACCAAGGCCACGCAAUUCGAAAAGGGAUUGUUUGCAGCCAGAGAUGUCGGUGGUGGCGAUCCUGAAAGAAUGGCUCCACCAAAGGUGCAAUCCUACGUGGACCGACUGUUCGCCAAAGCGUCAAACAUUAAAUUGACCGUCAUCAGCGAUCUGACUGUUUUCCAAAAAGAUUUUCCACUAUUCGAGGCGGUCAAUCGUGCCGCAUCUUCAGUGCCAAGACAUUGCGGUCGCAUCAUUUAUUUGGAAUAUACAGCUCCGAAGACAGCAAAGAAGACGGUCAUUUUGGUCGGCAAAGGUGUUACAUACGACACUGGCGGUGCUGACAUCAAGGCCGGUGGAAUUAUGGCUGGUAUGUCGCGCGAUAAGUGUGGAGCAGCAUUCGUUGGCGGUUUCAUGAAGUAUGUGAGUGACACGGCACCGCAACAUACGAAUGUCAUUGGUGUCAUGUGUAUGGUCCGAAAUUCGGUUGGCGAGGAGUGUUAUGUUAGCGAUGAAGUAAUUACGGCUCGGUCGGGUGUUAGAGUACGUGUUGGAAAUACAGACGCCGAAGGACGAAUGUGCAUGGCUGAUGCUUUGUGCCAGAUGAAGCAGCGCGCUCUGACAAUGCCGGAUCCUCAUUUGUUUACAAUUGCUACACUUACUGGUCAUGCAUUCUUGGCUGUGGGUCCUGGGUACACAAUCGUUAUGGACAAUGGACCAGCAAGAGAUCAGGGACAUGGCAAUGAAUUGAAGAAGAACGGCGAUUUGAUCGGUGAUCCAUUCGAAGUUUCGACUGUACAACGUGAGGAUUUCAGUCAUCAUCAAAGUAAAAUCAUCGGUGAAGAUGUGAUUCAAGCUAAUAAUCUUCCAUCGAGUCGAAAUCCUCGAGGACAUCAGACGCCGGCCGCCUUUAUCAUGCUCGCUUCUGGAUUAGAUAAACAUGGAACUAAUUCGUCCAAACCGUUGAAAUAUUCCCAUUUAGAUAUUGCCGGUUCGGCAGGCGAUUAUCCUGAGAUGGCAACCGGUGCGCCACUACUGGCUAUGGCUAAAACACAUUUGAUUUAAUUUCCAGCGGAGAAAACAUCGGCCAAAAAUGACCUAACUGUUUGGUGGUCAGUUCAACUUAUCAGGAAAUUUGUCGUUUUUAUCAAAUGCAUUUACGCAAGUCGAGUCGAGAUAUCAAAUUUAUUUUUUAUGUUUUUUUACGUAAUAAAAUUAUCGUACAAUCGGC